AUCCCCGGUCCAUUAAGCCCACCAGUUGUAGAUCAUGCCUCCAAAAUUACUUCUCAAUUCUACCACCGCCGUUGCUGCCGCCGUCGCGUCGCCCGCCGCCGCCGCCGUGGCCAGUCAAUUUGUUCGUCCAAUUGCAGCGCCCUGAGGAUGAAUUUGACACCACCCCCGGGGGGAUGAGAAGGCUGAUAUGUUAAUGCUUUGAUUUGUUGAAACUUGACAGCAGAGAUGGAUGGUUCUGGUUUUGAUCUUGAGCAAAAGGAAGUAGUUUGUGGAGAUAGCGAUGACGAAGGAGCAGUGCGUCUUCGUUCUGGUGGGGAAGUGGUUGAUGUGAACGAGGGGCAAGAUGAAGCUCACAUUCUAGAGUUAGAAAAGAAGCUGUUGGAACAUGUUGUGUACAGUGAGGAAGAAGCAUACAUGUUGUACUGUGAUUAUGCACACGCAAUGGGUUUUAAUGUCCGUAGAGGGAAGCAAUACUAUUUUACAGGUUCCAGAAGGAUAAGAUCGAAAACUUAUUGCUGUUCGAAAGAAGGGGUUAAAGAUGACAAAACAGAUAUCACUAGUGUGGGUUACAAAAAGCCAGAAACAAGAACAGGAUGCCGAGCAAUGAUAUCAUUUGUAUGUGAUGAUAAUGGCCAAUGGAAGGUGACAAGAUUUUUCAAGGAACAUAACCAUGACAUGGCCCUACCGUAUGCAAAGCCUUCAGUGAAAUCUGGUCAAGCAAUUUUAGCUGCAAAUUCUUUUUGUAAUGGCAAUGCCCUAGAGUCAGUGAACGAGCAUGACAAAAUCCGGGAACUAUCAUUACAACUAGCCAUCGCCAAAACCAGAGCAGAAACUUUCGAAAGGCAGGCUGCUAUCUACAAGAGGCAGCUGCAUACAAUCGUGCAGCACAUCGAAGAACACAACCACUCGUUGUCAAAUAAGAUCCAAAAGGUUUUACACAGUGUCAAGGAGUUGGAAUCCAAGGAUCAAUGAUCGAAGUCGUAGACUUUUAGUGAGUUUAAGAUUCAGAUUCAUUGCAUCCAUUAAUGGAAGAUUGUGAUUUAGUGAAGCUAACAUGUUAGAAGCAGGCAGGUUGUUUUGUACAGAUACUUGCACAUACAUAAUGCUUAUUAUACUAAAAAGUAGAUUUUUUUAUUUUUUUUACUUUUUUAUUUUUUCUAAAAAGUAGUUGAAUAUGCAGUGCAGCUCAUGCAAAUUUAAUUCUCUGGACAUUAUUUGAUUUAUGAAGCAACCUUAUGUACUAGUAUUUAUUUAUUGGAGGUUUUUCCAGGUUGGAGACAAACUACUGGUCGGUGCAAUGCACCGAACAC